AUGCCACGUGACCCUUUUGAACUCGUCGGUGGUGAUCGGCGGAGCGGACUGAUUGCAAGGGUGCUCCGGCCCCCAAGGGUUGCACUGGAAUCAGAGGUUCACGGGUAUCUUGAUAGCACAACUAUCUACAGCACAAACUACCCCAGCCCCAUCUCAGUUGUUAUUAAAGAAGUCCUCAGGCCUUUUUGUCUAGUAGUCCUCUUGAGGACCGGGCAAGAUGGCGACAGGCUGUGGUUAGAUAAGAAGAAAGAUGGCUGCCGCGGAGGAGCUAAUUGGUCUAGCGUGGGGGUUAACGAGCCAACCUGCGACCUCCUUCCUCAGAUGGGGGUGCCGUUGGGUACUGGUCUUCCACAAGUCUCUCAAGCUGAUUGCUGUAAUAGUUACUUUGGUGGAAGGAACAGAAGUGCCAUUAUUUCCUCAGAGAGGAUAUUGAUGAAUAAACACCUUGUGGCGGCCGUGAUAAAGGGUACGGAGCAGAAGCUAGCACAGAUGGCUCCCCGAUGGUCCACCUGUUCCAACCCUUCCGGAUGA